AUGACCAACAAAACGACCACGACGACGCUUAUCCCGUUUCUCUGCUGCUUUAUUUUGCUAAUGAUCAAUUCGCCGCUACUGCUGCAUGCAUAUGAGUUGUCUGGGACAGGACUGUGCGAAGUUGAAGGCGAUUCGACCGGCUGUGCGGAGGCUUGCUCGAUGCUUGAACAAGGCAAUAAUGGUAUCUGCGUCUACGACAACUGUUACUGUACCGAUGUCGAUUUGUCUAGUUGCAACAAUGAAGAGGACCACGAAGUUUGUGAUUCCGUUUGUCAAGAUAUGGGAUCCAAUAACCUUAUUGGCUUCUGCAUGGAUGGCCAAUGCAGCUGUCUAGAUUAA